GUCGCAGGCCCAAUACUCGCCCGCGCGCGGCCCCUCUGUCCUCGGCGCCGGGGCGCGGCGGGGCCAGGACCGAUGUGGCGCAUGCGUGGUGGCGCCGCCGGGCGCGGGAGCUGCUGCGGCGUGGACAGCCGCGGGCUAGGCCGCCCGGGCCGCGUGAGCGAGGGCGGCGGCGUGGGCUGGCAAGGCCGCGCGGGCGGCGCCCGACAGCAGUUGGAGGAGCGGUUCGCCGACUUGGCCGCGAGCCACCUGGAGGCCCUGCGCGCGCGGGAGGAGCGGGACCGGCAGAACGCGCGGCUGCGCUCAGAGAACGCGCGACUGCGGCUCGAGAACCGGCGGCUGAAGCGCGAGAACCGCAGCCUCUUCCGCCAGGCUCUGCGGCUCCCGGGGGACGCCGGCGACCAGGCGACCGCGGAGGCGGCGCUGAGCCUGGAGGAGGCCGCCCCGAACCGGAGGGCGAGAGGCGGAGGCCGGGAGGACGAUCCUGGCAGCCCCAGCGCCCUGAGAGCCCGGCUGGAGAAGCUGGAGGCCAUGUAUCGCAGGGCCCUGCUGCAGCUGCGCCUCGAGCAGCAAAGCACGCGCCCGCGGACGGAGAAGGAGGAGCCGCCUCUGCGCGACCCGAAGACCCCCGGACCCUGGCUGUAGCCCGAGGCCACGAUAGGGGGCGGGGCUACCUCGAGCCCCGCCCCUUUCCUGGAACCCGGAUCGCCCCUGGCUGGGUGGCGGUACAGAGAGCGCAGGCUCCAUGUACCCAGUGCGCCUGUCUCGGCCUGCUGGCUGGCUCCUCUCUGAGUCCCAGGUAUGGGCGGACUGGUGUUAAAGCCCGAG